UCGAGGAAACAGGGCCCCCUGUUGACCACAAGCUGUGUUCUGAUUUUCUACUUUAGUAAACUAUGAAAUUACAGUGCUAUCUAUGUACAUGACGAGAUCUUGAAAUGUCAACAAAUAAAUAUAAUUCAUUUGAAUUAUUAACGGAAAUAUAGCAUUAUAUACAACCCUUUGACACAGUUGACUUGCUGGGCCUUCAUGAACAUGUUUUCUGUGAGGAAUUGCAUGCAAUAAGGCUGUUGACAUGAUAAAACAAGGACCGCAGCCAUUCAUCUAUUGAUCAAUUAGACCUACUUCUAGUAUUUCUACGUGGCAUUAGUCCUGAGCUGAAGUCCAUGGUCUUUCGGGAAUCUGAACAAAAGUCAUUUAGCAAUUGGCUUUAAGUAAUACUAAAUGAUGGACUCUGGGGUGAUUCUAACAGAGAGGGAACUCAAACCAAGUUCAGAUAAGUGUUCAAGGAUUAGUUUACAGCAGAUUAUUCUGAGAGGAGGAGGGAAUGAUGCUCAGGAGAUUAUUCAAACCAGACACUAAAAAAAACUCUCCACUGAAAUGAAUGCCUAUGUCCACCAGAGUGGAAAUAAGCAGCAGGGCAUGCACAUUCCCUCUUGCACACCAUGCCUGCACUUUAUCGGAUACUUCUACUGUUCUCUGUGGUAAUAGCCUCUAUGGCACUGCAGAGGCCCCCACGAACUAAGAGAGGGCUACUGGAGCUGGCAGGAGUCAUCAAGUGCAGCACAGGCAGAUCAGCCCUGGCUUAUAUGAUGUAUGGCUGCUACUGUGGACUGGGGGGUCAGGGUUGGCCCAGGGAUAAAGCAGACUGGUGCUGUCACAAACAUGACUGCUGCUACGGAGAUGCAGAAAUUGCUGGUUGCCGAACCAAGACAAGAAAGUAUCAAUGGACAUGUGAAGACAGGACUGCAGAAUGUGAUGAUCUCAAGGACAAAUGUGAGAAGAUUCUCUGCAAAUGCGACAGGGAGGCAGCCAAAUGCUUGAGAAAGGCACCUUUCAUACGGAAAUAUGCUAUGUGGCCAGACUUUCUCUGUGGGUGUACACUACCAACAUGUAAUAUCUACUGAUUCAAUAAAUGUACACUUGUUGAUUUUUA